CCACCCUCCGUCGCGUUGGUAACGCGUUGCCACGACUCUCCCCUCGACCCCACCAGUCACCAAAACUCUAUAUAACGCCAUUGCUUUCGCCACCCCACCCUCAUCUCGAAUCCAAGGCCAAGAAGAGAGGAGACUUCUAGCAGAAAUUUAGCCAUCGAAGAUUUCUCUGUUUGUAUUGUUCUUAUUUGGUGUGUGUGAGUGAAGUUUCUGGGGAGGAUGGCGGAGGAGCACAAGCAGGAGGUGGAGGGGGAGGUGAAGGAUAGGGGGUUGUUCGACUUCAUGGGGAAGAAGGAGGCCGAGGAGAAGAGAGAAGAGGACGUUCUGGGCACCAAGGUGGAGAAGGUUCAUAUAGAGGAAGAGAAAGAGGAGAAGAAGGAGAGCUUGUUUGAAAAGCUCCACCGGUCUCACAGCACCAGCUCUAGCUCGUCAAGUGAUGAGGAAGAAGUCGAGGGCGAGAACAAAGAGAAGAAGAAGAAGAAGAAGGGAUUGAAAGAGAAGAUCGAGAAGAAGAUUGGUGGUGAAAAGAAGGAAGGUGAAGAAGAGGAGAAGAAGCCGGCCGUGGUCGAGCAGGAGGUGGCGGUCGCCGCCGUGCCCACCGAAGGUGAGGACACUGCAGUCAAGGUGGAGAAGGUGAACGAGAGUCUUAAAGUGGAGGAAGCCCCAGAGGAGGAGAAGAAAGGUUUCCUGGACAAGAUCAAAGAGAAGCUCCCCGGCCACCACAAGAAGCCUGAGGAGGCUGCCGCCGCCGCCGCCCCCCCUGCGGCCCCAGCUGCAGAGUGCACCGGCCAUGAGAAGGAGCAUGAAGCUGAUGGACAAGAUGGGAAGGAGAAGAAGGGCAUACUGGGGAAGAUCAUGGAGAAGAUACCCGGCUAUCACAAGAAUGGUGGGGAGGAGAGUGAGAAGACUAGUGGCAGCCCCUAGAAGAAAAGCUUAUUGAUAUAUAUCUUUGAUGUUUGUUUUCUGCUUUUGCUGUUUAUCAUGAAAUGUUUUGGGUUUGUCAAUGUUUGUUUGUUGGGUUGGUAGUUUGCUGGUCCCUCCUUGUUGGAUAUGUGCUUAGGUAUGUACUUCCUAUUUGAUGUAAUUUUUUGCCAGUCGGCAAGAAGGACAUGGGAGUAUUGAUGUACUUGCUUCAUUGUGCACGCAUACCUAUUAGUGAUAUGAUUGUUUAGUAUGUUUAUGUUUA